GCGCGUCUUUUAGUGAUUGGCAAGUGUGGCUUUGAAACUGACGUCAACAAUUAUUUAGUUAUUUUUUAUUUAUCUUAAUUGGUUGUAAAAAUGUUUACACUGUGGACACUGAUUGAGGCUUCACUGCUCUGCUUAAAUGCAGUUUGCAUAUUACACGAGGAGCGUUUUUUGGCCAAGUUUGGCUGGGGACGACACGCCGGUCAACAGGAUUUCGGAACCCCUAGUGCUAAGGAUCAAGUUCUAAAUCUCAUUCGUUCAAUCCGCACAGUUGCCAAGAUUCCACUGAUAUUUCUUAACGUAAUAGCUAUUAUAUUUAAAUUGUUACUUGGGUAAAACUUAAAUUCUAUUGUAAUAAAUGUACUAGUAAUGAUUUUCGGAAAAUUCGCAAUUA